CCAUCGGAGACCCUCCGGCAAAUUUCUCUCUAUUUCCUCAACGUUCGAAAUCUCUCCCAGAUAUUUCGUUCGAUUCCGCAAGACUUCUGUUCUCCUCAUCGCCGUUCCUCAACUCAAUCACAGAAGUCAAGGCCGAUCGUCGUAAAUGAGGGCAAGGAAACGAUCUCGACUUUGAUUGAGGGCUGCGUGUCAAAUUUUCUGGAGGAAAGAAAGCUUUUAGUCUCUUUUUAAUCCGUAUACUCGGGCUCGAUUGGUAUAUAUAAGUGGUUGAAGCUAUGAAUAUCAGGGAAAUAAAUUUGUGAGGGGAAAUUAGAAACUCACUGGCUUCUAUCAUGGAAAGUGUCCCGAGUGGGGUUGAGAUGGGUCCUCGAAGGAUCAAAAGCUUCAGAAAACCUAUGAACUCACCGUCUCCCCGUAACAAGUCAGGAAAAGAUUCAGGUUCUUGGAAGAAAAUUCUUGAUCCACAGGGAUCUUUCCUUGAAAACUGGAAUAAAAUAUUUCUCCUAGCCUGUAUAAUUGCUUUGGCACUGGACCCUCUUUUCUUCUACAUCCCAGUGGUUGUUGUGAAUAAGAAAGAGCUAAAAUGCCUCGACCUGGAUGUAAAUCUGGAAAAAAUUGCGUGUGUCCUUCGUACAUUCAUGGAUGCCUUCUAUAUAAUUCACAUCAUCUUUCAAUUCCGAACUGGGUUCAUUGCCGCUCCUUCUAGAGUCUUUGGUAGGGGUGACUUGAUUGUUGAUCCUUGGGCUAUUGCAAAGAGGUACUUGUUCACAUACUUCAUCAUCGACGUCCUGUCAAUUCUUCCGCUUCCACAGCUUCUAAUUUUGCAUCUCAUCCCUUUAUUGGACGGCCACCCGGAUACAUUUGUAAUGAAGGAAUUGUUGAAAUACAUUAUUAUCUGUCAAUAUGUACCAAGAAUUCUUCGAAUUGUUCCCCUUUAUAUAGAAGUUACACGAACUUCAGGCUUUCUCACUGAAACUGCUUGGGCUGGAGCUGCUCUGAAUCUAUUCCUCUACAUGCUAGCCAGCCAUGUUCUUGGGGCCAUCUGGUACAUGAUUUCAGUAGAAAGACAAGAGCGGUGUUGGGGUGAUGUUGCUAGGGAUGCUCGGAAACGUAGUUAUAACCGUAGUCUUUUGUACUGUGAUUAUGAUAAAAACAAAUCAUCAGACCCUCCUUUGCUAAGUCUCCUGAACACUUCCUGCCGUUUGACCAAUCCUGAUGAUACUACAGAUUCAAAAGUCUUCGAUUUUGGAAUAUUCAUUGAUGCACUCCAGUCAGAGAUUUUGGAAACUAGGAGUUUCCGUAAAAAAUUCUUUUACUGCUUCUGGUGGGGUCUGCGUAAUCUCAGCGUUGGCGCCUCGAUUUACGUGUCGAAAUUUGCAGCCAAUGCGUUGCGAAGCUUGCGACAGGAUGAGGCUCCAACCCCCAGAAUGCCGGAGCGAAUGCCGCUGCUGCCUCAGAAGCCGGCAGAGCCUGAUUUCGGAGCCUGAUUUUACUGCUGAUCAAGACCACUAAAUGUUAAUUCUCUGUUUUUUCAAUUUCUGUUUCAUAUGUGCUGGGAUAAAUUUGGAAGAAUCUGUAUAAUGUUGUGCUUAGUAUAAUGGCUUAAUGUAAACAUGUUUGUUCAUCUCAAGAAUUUCCAGAAGGAAAAGAAAAAAGAAGUUAUUUU